UGCCCUAUGCCUCACUCAUCAUGCCCCAGGGUUCCCUUCUUUACCAUCUACCGGACAGAAGCCGACACCUUAAUGGACAAUUUCGUAGACGUCGCGCGUCGAAAACUAUUGACCGGGAUACAAUUCAGUGUAUCACGACGUCGCAAUCUUCCGUUCAAAGACUCAGUGGUGGCUAUGGCACUUGUUGUUCCACGGGUAAUGGUGGAGUGACGAUUAUGAAGAAAAAUUUGGGCCAAUGGUCCCUUGUUCAUGCAGAAACACACAACCGGAAUUUCCAGUGCAGUCGUUAUAUUGUGUUUCGAAGAUUAUUCAGUUGACUCCGAGUCGCGAUCACACGAGUCUGCUGAAGACAAAUCUUGUCUAGAGAUGUUGACGAGAGACAACUUCAAUGCUCUGCUUGCAACCAAAAGCGUGCUUGUUAUUGACGGCGCUUUGGCUUCUGAAUUAGAAGAGCGCGGCCACGACCUAAACCAUUCACUGUGGUCAGCCAAAAUCCUUCGCGAUGACCCAAGUAGCAUCGAGAAGGUCCAUCUGGAUUAUUUCCUCGCUGGCGCGGACAUCGCCAUCACAGCGUCCUAUCAAGCCGCGCCGCUCGGAUUGACCAAACACUUUGGCAUGACGGAAGACGAAGGCAAAGCAAUGGUUGCUCACAGCGUUGCAAUUGCUAAUAGCGCACGUAAAGCAGCUUAUUCGGCAGGAGUCGAGAGCAAUCGGCAGCUCCUCUUGGCCGGCAGCGUAGGGCCUUUCGGUGCCUAUCUGGCCGAUGGAAGUGAAUACAGAGGCGAUUACAGGCUCACGAUAGAAGAACUUCAGAACUUUCAUCGCCCUAGGAUCCAAGCCCUCGUUGAUGCUGAGGUGGACAUCCUGGCUCUGGAGACCAUGCCCAGCUACAAUGAAAUUAAAGCGGUGCUCGAUCUGCUCCAUGCAGAAUUUCCCAGAGCCAUUGCCUGGCUUGGGUGUACUACUCGCGAUGUCGCGCACUUGUGCGAUGGCACGCCUCUCCAAGCUGUAUUGGACCUUGUUCAUGAAAACGAUCUCCAGAUUGUUGCUGUUGGAGUGAAUUGUAUUGCCUCCAAUGCAGUACCGGCAACACUACAUCACCUCUCACAGAUAACACAUGUCCCACUCCUGUGCUAUCCUAAUUCCGGCGAGGUAUGGGAUGCCUCGACGAAGCGAUGGCACACUGAACCUUCAGAUUAUGAUGCGCAAGCCAAUCCGAAGUCAGAACAAGCCGACAGUCUCGUCAUGCUUUGGAUUCAGAAUGGCGCACGACUUGUAGGAGGCUGCUGCCGAACCGGCCCAGCCUUUAUCAAAGCUCUUCGCGCAGAUCUCGACGAUAGUCAUUCCAAAUGAGCGAAUUACUUCUGUUUACAGCUUUUGGUCAUAUCUGAAAGGUGUUCAUCCCUUGUAUCAACCUUGCAGUAGCUGCAAUUGCGUGACGCGGACCCCGCGGUCAACAUUAUCAUGAAGUCACGCCAUUGCUGAGAGUCGGACGAUUGAUAUAUAUACAGAUACCCGUCCCAGUCGCAAGAAAGAACCAUCACAAUCACAACUCAUUCGAGGUCGUCGCUCUAAUACUGUGACGCUAUAAUCCAUUCUCUAAACAAACAUC